AACAUUCACUUAAAACUAAACAUUCACUUGUAUUUUAGUUUCAUAUUUCAUACACAAUUUCACCACUAGAGUUUCUGAAUUCUGAUAAACACCGGUGGAAAAAACGACAUCACAGUACAGGGCUCAUUCAGAAAUAUAAGGCAGUAGAGAUUGUUUCACCUUAUUGAAGUUUGAUUUGCCAGGGUUUUAAACUUUCAGUUCAUCACUUUAAGUUCUGUUUUCUACUGUAUUUUGUGGAAGCUGUUCCUGAGGCGCAGCUUCAAUCUGAAAUCAGCCCGUCUUCUACAAAUCUACCGGAGUUUACUACAAUUUAAUAGAAAUUGAGAAAAAAGUCGGGCAACUAUGAGGACUCUAUUAUACUGAUAUAUUUAAAGAAAACAAGAAGGACUAGUACAUUCAGAAGAUAGGCAAGAGAGAUUAUUUUACCCUUCUGAAGUCUUAUUUGGCAGGGUUUUGAAGUAUAAGUUCAUCAUUAUAAGGUUAUUGAACCAGUUCCGUUUUCUACUGUAUUUUCUAGAACCUCCUGUGGGCUGUGGCAUGGCUUCAAUCUGAUAUUAGCCUGUCUACAGUAGUUUACUCGGAUUUGCUUGAAAUUGAGACAAAGAUUAAGGCUGCUAGAGCUCACUGCUCUUGCAAUAUUUAAAGGCCAAGGAAAUCAUUUGAUUCUUGUAGCCUAGGUUCUGGCUAAGGGGUAAAGGAUUACACUGCAACCAGCAAUUUCAAAUCGAGCACUGUAAGAAGAAGCCAAAGAAGGCAGUGAGAAACAGUGUAACCAAACCUCCAGCAAUUUCAUGGGAAUCCGCAAAUUCACAGGCUUGGUUGGAAGUUGGAUAUUCAGUAACUCUGCUGGAGAAUCUGGUGAUAUACCCGGGGAUGAUACCCCCGAAGAAGGCACGAUUAAUGAUGAUGAUCAAACUAUACUUGUGCCAGCUUUGGUCCGCCAACAACCGUCCUUUGAUACAGAGCUUGAGCAUGAUGAUGAUCAGCCAGGAAACAAGAAAAGGAAAGCAACUCAUGAUACUUUAGUGAUUUAUGAUCACGAGCAAGGGUCUUCUUCAGCUUCCAGCUCCCAGCCCAUAUGUCGCUCGGAUUGGCUGUUGUCUAAUGAUUCUUCUGCUUGUCACAAGAAGAGGGCUCUGAAAUUCGAUACAGAUAAACUAUUUUCUCGAGCCCAUGAUGUUUGUAAAGAAGUUGAGCACGAUGAGAUUCAGCCAAAAAUGAUGCGAAGAAUGGAGGUUCAACACUGGUUAACAGCUGUAGACCGGUUUAGAGAUGAGGUUCAAAACAAAGCAAUAGAUGAUCAGAACAUAGAAAACUACACUUCACAAGUUGAUGAACUGUUGCAGCGGAGUAACUUUCCGCAUGGAUAUGUAUUGCCUGAUGAUAGCCCAAUAGAAUUUCCGCUCUUGUCGAAGAACCCAGCAGGGGAAAUGUUUGCAACAAAUACUGCAACUAUUCUUGAUUGGUUGAAAGAUAAUGAACGCUGCAUUAUCGGUGUGUAUGGGAUGGGAGGUGUAGGGAAAACUACUAUGCUGAGGUGCUUGUACAAUGAGGUGCUAAAAAAUGAGAGCAACUUUGGACGUCCGUAUUGGGUAACUGUCUCGCAAAAUUGCGAUGAGCGUAAACUGCAAAAAGAAAUUGCUAAAGAGCUUGGUGUGGACCUCUCUGGAGAAGGUGAUGAUACGAAGCGCGCAGCUAUUUUACACAAACGAUUAUCCACAAUGGGCCCAACUGUACUUUUCUUAGAUGACAUGUGGAAAUGGAAUCCAUUCUUAGGAAAGGAUAUUGAUUUUCCUAUUGAAGGAAGCAGUUGCAAGAUCAUUUUAAGUAGUCGUUCACGUAAAGUGUGUCAAGAAAUGGGAUGCAAAGGCUUUGUCAUCGAGACAAAACCUCUCUCGGAAGGGGAAGCUUGGAACUUGUUUGUUGACAAGCUUGGGCACUAUGACAAACUUACAGAAGAAGCAAAAGGAAUCGCAAGAUCAAUAGCCGAAAAGUGUGGUGGUUUGCCACUUGCAAUUGCUACAAUGGCUCGCAGUAUGACUGAGGUGUUUGAUGUCCGUGUAUGGAAAAAUGCUCUAAAUGAACUGAGACAACCUUCUUGUGAGCAGCAGAGUGAGAUGGAAGAAUACGUGUUUUCAGUAUUAAAGUAUAGUUACAAUCACCUGAAUGACCAAAGGCUGCAGAAUUGCUUCUUGAGUUGCAUACUUUAUCCUGAAGACUAUAAGAUACCAAGGGAGCAUCUAAUAGAUGAAUGGAUUAUGGAGGGAUUGCUGGAUGAUGUAGGGAACAGAUCAAACCAACUGAACAAGGGCCAUGCAAACUUGAAUAAACUGAUAAACUCAUGCUUGUUGGAAGCAUGGACUGAUGUUUUUGGUUCUGAAUGUGUUAAGAUGCAUGAUUUGAUGAGAGAUCUGGGUAUUAUGAUCACAAAAGAAUAUCCUUGUUUCAUGGUAAAACCAGGACAGUAUCUAGAUGGAGUACCAGAAGAACAACUGUGGUGCAAAGAACUAGUGAAAGUUUCAUUGAACUGGAAUGCUAUCAAGGUGAUUCCGAAUGGUAUGGCACCUCCAACACCAGAACUUACAUUGCUCAAGCUCAAUGGUAAUCCUCUAAAGAGGAUCGCAGAAUCAUUCUUUAUGCACAUGCGAGCCCUCACAGUUCUUGAUUUAUCUGAUACUUAUAUCGACAGGUUACCAGAGAGUGUUUCUGAUUUGGCAAAUUUAAGGGCGCUCUUACUUGCAUCAUGUGAAAAGCUAAAGUAUGUGCCGUCACUGGCAAAGCUUUCAAAUUUGAGGGUGCUAGAUCUUUGGCGUGCUGUGAUGCUUGAAAAGGCUCCAGACGGGAUUGAAAAAUUAAAGUGUUUGGAAAGGGUAAACUAUUUGCCAUGGAAUGUAUCUGACAGCUCUGGCUUCAAUAAGCUUAUUCAAUCUUUACCAUCGUCAUUAAGUUGCCACAGAUUUUUGCUUAGUGACCCAAAAUGGCGAUUUUCAAUUGUAGAUGGAAUUUUUGACACCUACGAUUUUUGGGAGUCUGAGAAUAUAAUGCUGGUAGUAGGGGAAGGGGAAGUAAUAGAAUAUGACACAGCCUGGGAUUUAGAAGAUGCCGACACCUGGGAAAUAGAACAUGACGAAACCUGGUAUAUGCUCCCGGCAACAAUUGAAAUUCUGAAGAUAAGUAAUGUACAUAGAAGAAACCUGGGAGAUGUUUUUCCCACCUUGAGUUUGGCAACAAACUUAAAGGAGAUGCAUAUAUAUUACUGUCACGGAUUAAAAUACAUAUCAUCAUCGUCAUCGGAGAAGCAACUUUCCCUUCCAAAUCUAAAACAUCUUUGGUUGGGAUGGUGUAAAGAGUUGGAGGAGAUAUUUGAAUCAAACAAAAAUAAUCAUCAUAACUCUGCUCUUCCUAACUUGGUUAGUGUAAAGGUAAGUUCUCUACCAAAGUUACAAAGACUUUACAAGGACUUACACCUCUGUUCUUCUUUGGAAAUGCUUGAAGUGGAGGAUUGUCCGAAGAUAGAGCAAAUUUUUGAAGCACCCGAACCCAUACUUGCUCUCCCUAAUUUAAGGGAGCUUAAAUUGGAUGGGCUAACGAAUCUGAGCAGCAUACAUAGAGGGCUACACCUCUGUUCUUCUUUGCAAGUGCUUGAAGUGGAGGAUUGUCCGAAGAUAGAGCAAAUUUUUGAAGCACCCGAACCCAUACUUGCUCUCCCUAAUUCAAGGGAGCUUGGAUUGUAUAAGCUAGAGAAUCUGAGCAGCAUACCUAGAGGGCUACACCUCUGUUCUUCUUUGGAAGUGCUUAAAGUGAUGGAUUGUCCGAAGAUAGAGCAAAUUUUUGAAGCACCCGAACCCAUACUUGCUCUCCCUAAUUUAAGGGAGCUUAAAUUGGAUGGGCUAACGAAUCUGAGCAGCAUACAUAGAGGGCUACACCUCUGUUCUUCUUUGGAAGUGCUUAAAGAGGCGGAUUGUCCGAAGAUAGAGCAAAUUUUUGAAGCACCCGAACCCAUACUUGCUCUCCCUAAUUUAAGGGAGCUUGAAUUGCGUAUGCUAGAGAAUCUGAGCAGCAUACAUAGAGGGCUACACCUCUGUUCUUCUUUGGAAGUGCUUAAAGUGAUGGAUUGUCCGAAGAUAGAGCAAAUUUUUGAAGCACCCGAACCCAUACUUGCUCUCCCUAAUUUAAGGGAGCUUAAAUUGGAUGGGCUAACGAAUCUGAGCAGCAUACAUAGAGGGCUACACCUCUGUUCUUCUUUGGAAGUGCUUAAAGUGGCGGAUUGUCCGAAGAUAGAGCAAAUUUUUGAAGCACCCGAACCCAUACUUGCUCUCCCUAAUUUAAGGGAGCUUGAAUUGCGUAAGCUAGAGAAUCUGAGCAGCAUACAUAGAGGGCUACACCUCUGUUCUUCUUUGGAAGUGCUUAAAGUGAUGGAUUGUCCGAAGAUAGAGCAAAUUUUUGAAGCACCCGAACCCAUACUUGCUCUCCCUAAUUUAAGGGAGCUUAAAUUGGAUGGGCUAACGAAUCUGAGCAGCAUACAUAGAGGGCUACACCUCUGUUCUUCUUUGGAAGUGCUUAAAGUGGCGGAUUGUCCGAAGAUAGAGCAAAUUUUUGAAGCACCCGAACCCAUACUUGCUCUCCCUAAUUUAAGGGAGCUUGAAUUGCGUAAGCUAGAGAAUCUGAGCAGCAUACAUAGAGGGCUACACCUCUGUUCUUCUUUGGAAGUGCUUAAAGUGAUGGAUUGUCCGAAGAUAGAGCAAAUUUUUGAAGCACCCGAACCCAUACUUGCUCUCCCUAAUUUAAGGGAGCUUAAAUUGGAUGGGCUAACGAAUCUGAGCAGCAUACAUAGAGGGCUACACCUCUGUUCUUCUUUGGAAGUGCUUAAAGUGGCGGAUUGUCCGAAGAUAGAGCAAAUUUUUGAAACACCCGAACCCAUACUUGCUCUCCCUAAUUUAACGGAGCUUGAAUUGCGUAAGCUAGAGAAUCUGAGCAGCAUACAUAGAGGGCUACACCUCUGUUCUUCUUUGGAAGUGCUUAAAGUGAUGGAUUGUCCGAAGAUAGAGCAAAUUUUUGAAGCACCCGAACCCAUACUUGCUCUCCCUAAUUUAAGGGAGCUUAAAUUGGAUGGGCUAACGAAUCUGAGCAGCAUACAUAGAGGGCUACACCUCUGUUCUUCUUUGGAAGUGCUUAAAGAGGCGGAUUGUCCGAAGAUAGAGCAAAUUUUUGAAGCACCCGAACCCAUACUUGCUCUCCCUAAUUUAAGGGAGCUUGAAUUGCGUAUGCUAGAGAAUCUGAGCAGCAUACAUAGAGGGCUACACCUCUGUUCUUCUUUGCAAGUGCUUGAAGUGGUGGAUUGUCCGGAGAUAGAGCAAAUUUUUGAAGUACCCGAACCCAUACUUGCUCUCCCUAAAUUAAGGAAGCUUAAAUUGUAUAGGCUAACGAAUCUGAGCAGCAUACAUAGAGGGCUACUCCUCUGCACUUCUCUGAAAGAGUUUUGCGUAGAAGGUUGCUUCAAGGUGAAAAAGGUACCGUUGUCUGACCACCUGAUAUGUGAUGACUCACCGUCCAGUUUACUUUCACUCCCCUCAAAGUCUGACAACACGGAGUUGUGGGCGCUCUUACAAAGCGACUACUCUGAAGAUGCACGUCUCCUAUCUGAUUUUAUACAGUAUCAUGUUCGACUUCAAGAACAUAAUCAGAAGCAGUUGAAGCUGAAAAGAAAAAGGAGUGACCUCGAAGGCAGUACUUGUGAUUUUACAGGUUAUAUCGAUCAAGUUUCACUACCAGCCUCUGUUAUUCCUGAUGCAGAUGAAGAUAAAAAUAAUUGGCUUGCUGAUCAACUUCUUCUACCGCGGUUUGUACUUACUGAAGAUGAACGAAAUCAGAUAAGUGGUUGGGGUGCAUCCCUAUCAUUAUCCUGACAUUUCUAUGUUUUACAUUUUUUUUUUUCUCUUUUUUGUGGUGCAACACCUACUGUGUAAAUCAAGUAUAAUUGCACCGCAUGUUUCUUCAAUCUUAUAUUGCUGCUGUGUUUUCUAA